CAGCGAUCAAAGCCCCAGGGGCGAGACGCUGCUCCGCGAACCGAAGACAAGAGGAAAAUUUCUCUCCAAAGGUCUUCUAGGGUUUCGCUCGUUUCUAGGGUUUUCUCUCUCCUCGGUGAUGGCUCGCGGCCGCAGAGACGACGACGAGGAGGAGUUCGACGAGGAGGAGGAGGAGGAAGAUCUCGAGGAAGAGGAGGAGGAGGAGUACGGGGGGAAGGGCAGGAAGAAAAGGGGCAGAUCUGAUUUCAUCGACGAUGCCGCGGUUGAAGACGAUGAGGAGGAUGAAGAGGACGAGGACGACGAUGAUGAUGAGGAUUUUGGGGGGAGUCGGAAGAAGAAGAAGAAGAAGAAGAAGAUGAAAGGGUCUGAGUUUAUAGAUUUCGAGGCGGAGGUUGACACCGACGAGGAGGAAGAGGAGGACGAGGAUGCGGAAGACGAUUUCAUAGACGAUGGGCGUGGUGCUGACUUGGGAGAGGAAGAAGUUGGCAGAAGACCACACAGGCCUACAACUUUCUUGACGGAGGAUCAGGAAGAUGUGGAGGAGAUGGAAAGGCAAGUUUAUGAGAGAUAUGCUAAAUCAAGUCAUGUAGAGUAUGGUGAGGAGGCCACUGAGGUUGAACAACAAGCUCUUUUACCCUCUGUAAAGGACCCAAAGUUGUGGAUGGUGAAAUGUGCAAUUGGUCAUGAGCGUGAGACAGCUAUUUGCCUCAUGCAAAAAUAUAUAGACAGACCCGAACUUCAGAUCCGAUCAGCAAUUGCGUUAGAUCACCUUAAAAAUUAUAUAUAUGUUGAAGCCGACAAAGAAGCUCAUGUUAAAGAGGCUUGCAAAGGUCUAAGGAACAUAUUCAAUUCGGCCAAGGUGAUGUUGGUGCCAAUAAAGGAAAUGACCGAUGUACUUUCAGUGGAAAGCAAAAUAGUUGAUCUUGCAAGAGACACAUGGGUUCGGAUGAAACUUGGGAUCUAUAAAGGAGAUCUUGCAAAAGUUGUUGAUGUUGAUAAUGUGCGGCAGAAGGUGACUGUUAAGCUCAUUCCGAGGAUUGAUUUACAAAACCUUGCUGCCAAAUUGGAAGGUAGGGAUGUUGGAAGAAAGAAGGCAUUUGUUCCACCUCCACGUUUUUUCAACAUUGAUGAAGCACGAGAAAUGCAUAUCCGUGUAGAACGCAGGAGGGAUAGAGACUCUGGUGAAUAUUUUGAAACGGUAGAUAAUAUGAUGUUCAAAGAUGGAUUUCUAUAUAAAACGGUGUCCAUGAAGUCAAUCAGUUCACAAAGCAUACAACCUACUUUUGAUGAAUUGGAGAAAUUUCGGAAGCCGGGUGAUGAUGCUGAUGGUGAUAUGGCUAGCUUGUCUACUUUAUUUGUGAACAGAAAGAAAGGUCAUUUUAUGAAGGGUGAUGCAGUUGUAGUUGUUCGGGGUGAUCUGAAGAAUCUGAUGGGCUGGGUUGAAAAAGUAGAGGAAGAGAAUGUCCAUAUCAGGCCAAAGAUGGAAGGGUUACCGAAAACAUUGGCUUUCAAUGAAAAGGAGCUCUGCAAGUAUUUCAAGCCAGGGGACCAUGUGAAAGUGGUCUCUGGUGUUCAAGAAGGAGCAACUGGUAUGGUGGUGAAGGUUGAGGGUCAUGUCCUCAUCAUUUUAUCGGACACCACUAAAGAAGAUAUCCGAGUUUUUGCAGAUAAUGUUGUAGAGAGCUCUGAAGUUACCACCGGAAUCACCAGAAUUGGCGACUAUGAGUUGCACGAUCUUGUGCUGUUGGACAAUAUGUCUUUUGGAGUGAUUAUACGUGUAGAAAACGAUGCAUUCCAGGUACUCAAAGGUGUCCCUGAUAGGCCUGAGGUCACGCUUGUCAAAUUACGAGAAAUUAAAAGCAAAAUUGAAAGACGGUCAAAUGCCCAAGAUCGAUCAAGGAACAUGGUGUCCACUAAGGAUAUUGUGAGAGUUCUCGAGGGACCGUGUAAGGGAAAGCAAGGCCCCGUUGAACACAUUCAUAGAGGAAUAUUGUUCAUCUAUGAUCGCCAUCACCUAGAACAUGCUGGUUUUAUUUGUGUCAAAGCGCAGUCCUGUAUAGUAGUUGGUGGAUCUCAUAGGAACCGUGAAAAACCUGGUUUGAACACCUUAAACUCAAAAUUGGAGAAUUUGAAAUCGCCAUUUCGUGAUUCUCCUGAAAGACCACCUAGAGGGCCUGCGGGAAGAUUUGGCGGAGGAUUUAGGGGUGGUAGAGGACAUGAUCCUCUUGUUGGUAGAACUAUUAAAAUUCGAUCCGGCCCUUUGAAGGGAUAUCGUGGUCGUGUGAAAGAAGUCACGGGCAUAUUGGUGCGUGUUGAAUUGGAUUCACAAAUGAAGGUUGUUACCGUUAAUAAGAAUGAUAUUGCUGAUGGUGCUGUUCCUUCAACUCCAUUCAGGGAGACCGCUCGAUAUGGCAUGGGGAGUGAGACACCCAUGCACCCUUCACGGACUCCGCUGCAUCCUUAUCAAACUCCAAUGAGGGAUCCUGGAGCAACGCCUAUACAUGACGGCAUGCGAACUCCCAUGGUUAAUCGAGCAUGGGCUCCCAUGAGUCCACCAAGGGAUAAUUGGGAAGAUGGAAACCCUGGCUCUUGGGGAGCAAGUCCACAAUAUCAGCCAGGAACGCCUACUGCCCGUCCAUAUGAAGCACCUACCCCUGGUUCAGGUUGGGCUAACACUCCAGGAGGCAAUUACAGUGACUCGGGGAUAACAAGAGAAGGCAGUCCACUAUAUGGAAGUGCUGUAAGCCCUUACCUGCCAUCAACUCCUGGUAUCCAGCCCAUGACGCCCAGUUCUGCAUCUUAUCUUCCGGGUACUCCUGGCGGGCAGCCAAUGACACCAGGAAAUAUGGGAUUGGAUAUGAUGUCACCGGCUAUAGGUGGGGAAGGGGAAGGAAACUGGGUAAUGCCCGAUAUUUUGGUGAACAUCAUAAGGCCGGCAGAAUAUCCACAUAUUGGGGUUGUUCGGGAGGUGACAAUGGAUGGAUCCUGUAGGGUUGCCCUCGGCUCAAUGGGCGAUGAUGAGGUGGUGACGGUUCUACAAGGAGAAUUAGAGCCCGUGAGACCGAAGAAAUCUGAUAUAAUCAAAAUCACCAGCGGGGGUCAAAGAGGACUGACCGGCAAGCUCAUUGGUAUUGAUGGUAACGACGGUAUUGUGAAGCUUGAUGAUACAUAUGAAGUAAAGAUUUUGGAAAUGAGCAGCCUCGCUAAAUUAGCAGCAUUGUAGAUGAGAAGAGAAUGAUUAUUUAUUAUGUCAAACCUGAAGCUCUAUGUGGAGCAAGAGAGUUUCAGUCCUGCCGUCUUUUUCUAUAUCGUGGUAUUGCUUCACCUUGAUGGAUUAGCAAAACAGAUAUGGAGAUAUUUGAGCACACUUGUGUUGUAUGUGUAGCGAUGUUUUUAUUGGGAUGUAGAUGUACGAAAGGCCUUUAAUUUUUGUUUGGUAAAGGAGAAAGAUGUAACAUUAAUCGGUAUGAUUUCUAUAAGUGAUUGAUCAGUAUGUCCCAAUCUAAGCUCAA